UUGAAAAUGCUAUUGUUUUUAGCUCUCAUGUUUGGCAUUUCAAUACAAAUGUCUAAAUUUGUUGCAGCCCGUUUCUGUGAAGGCGGGCACAUUUGUUCCUUACCAAGAGAAUGCUGUACACAAGGUUGUUGCCCGCCGUAUCAAAGUGGGCCUCGUCAACUGCCACCGCCAUCGGAACACGUGCUGAACCUCUUUUUCAUUAGUCAUUGGUUCUUCUGGUGUGUUGUGGUAGCAAUUAUUUUAGCCAUCCUCUGUGCCUAUUCUCUGUGGAAGAAACGUCGAACACUUUGCGGCUGGGGUUUCAACGAACAUCAUGCACAAUCUGAAGGAGAUUCUGCUGGCUCGUGUUACGCUCCCCCGCAGUACAGCCGCUGUAAUUCGUUCCAUCAUCCCCCGCCACCCUAUACCGAGGUGACAUCAAAACCAGAUCUCUACCCGUUGGUGUUCACCUGCAAUAGUGAUAAUGGUAAAAAUGGUUCCAGCUAUCUAAUGGUGCAAUAUUUUCGCAAUUACAUAGUGCGACCGGCUGGUUCACUGUCGGCAGCCAGCACAGUGGAUUCGCUUAGCUCUAGUUUUAUAUGCAACAUAAAUGAAGCAAAUACGCUUGUGCCGCCACCGUAUUCGAGGGCAGCCAGUCCGGAAAUCGGUUUCAGUUCGCACUUUCAACAGCAGUACAUGUUGCCGCGUUCAGCAUCGCAGCUGGUGUGUCAGAAUGUCAGCAACGGCAAUUUCAUGGCGGCCACCAGUAAUGGCGCCACAAAUGCACCAAGUGGGAAUGGCCAAUUCGAGUUGAACAAUAGCCCGCAAAUGUACAGUGGUCGUUCCUCUAGCACCCACUACGCAACGGUCACAGUUAAUGCAACCAUGAAUCGAAUAACCAAUAGCACAACUGGCUCCACCGGUGACCGCAGUCGGGAGAGAGUCACUAAUUUUAAUGGAAAUCAGCACGAUUUCGAAAACACCGUAUCCUAUGAUGAUGCGGCUGAAAACGACGAACGCACAAACGAUAAUAUUAAUGCCAAUGUGAUAAAUUGUAGUAGUAGUAAUGACAUACGGGCCCUGCCCAACAGCAGUGGAUUCGCUCAGUCACAGAGUGAUCAACACUUCCGGUACAUAACGAACAGCAACAGCAGCAUUAGUGAUAUUUUUGUAAACAAUAGUUGUGCGGCAGGAAUUGGUGGAGGCGGAGGUUCCAGUCGAGUAAACAGAUCCGAAAACUCAUCCACUGUGGGUUCGGUAUCGGGAGCCGGCGCCAUAGUUCACCCUCAGACAGGCGGAACGCCAGUUAUAUAUAGCAAUGGGUGUAUUAAGCCUAUACCGCUGCAUCGAGCCAGCACCAAUCCCAAUCAAUUUCACGUCGAGGCGUCAUCGAAUAGGGAAACGGUCCUGUAUCAAUCCAAUAAUUCAAUAGGUGGUAUUUCAAUAACAGUUCCUACUGGAAUCGAAGAUUCGUCACUUCUUUGUAAUGACAACGAAAUUAGAGACUUGCAGCUCCUACGACGGAGCUUGGAAACCUGCUGUCAACUGCUGCAACAACAACAAAAACUUCCGCCGAGUGACUCUCCGUUGCGAAUGAAUGACUUGACCAAGAAGUACAUCGAUGAGGGGCUGUUGCGCAGUUAUGUGACCUCUGGGACGUGUUCUGGCGUAAGUAGCCUGGCCAAUAUAGGAACACCGAGUUCGCCGCCUCAAGCUACCAGCCCCACGGGGGAAGUGAAGGAGAUUCUCGACCAAAUUCGGCAACUUCAAGAAGGCGUUACAAAAUACGAGGAGGAUUUGGCUUUCCGGACGGUAGGUCGACCAAUUCUACACCACACUUUGUCUUCACCGGCACCAUCGGCAAAAAUAAAUGAUGCAUCAUCUGCCAAUAUCGGAGGGAAGCUUCAACGCAUCUCAACUAUGCCCGAACAACAAUCAUUGGCCGAAGCUGCCAAGGUUAACGUCUUAGUUAAGUCAUCAGUGGCAAAUAACUCGCCCACUAACUCAUUAACCUCUGCACCAUCAACGUCAUCUGUUUUGAUGGGGUCACAGCAACCCAAUAAACCCGCGAUUAGCAAAUCGUCUCUAAAUUGCAAUGCCAACGCGGCAACUACGUGCAGUAGUUUUAUAUUUUCAUCGGCAUCGAAACGACCCUCAACGCUGCAGCAUAGCAAAAAACGCUUCUACACAUCGAAACCGCCCAAUAAGGCCAUGUACAUUCCAAUGAUGGCCACGAACCAGAUACCAUCUGGUAGUCGUUGUACCAUCCUAAAGAGUCCCGUUACCAGCGUAGUUAAUUCGAAUUUCUUUACGAAUAGAGGCAACCGGCAACGCAAAGGUUGGAUUUCACGAUCUGCCCCAACAACACCGGCAACACCGUUACCUCCCAGCUACAUGGAUGACGACAGUCCACUCUUAAACGAACACGACGAAGAUCAAGAGGGCGAACAAAAUGCCGAAAUGGAAACCUAGUCGUAUUUUGUC